AUGGAUCCACAAAAUGGAAAACUUGUUUCAACACCAUUUGUUCUUCAACUUGGUGCAUUAGUUUAUUUUGGACGAAAUUCAACAUUUCGUUGUUGUGAUCCACAAUUUGUUCAUAAAACAACAAUGAAAAAAACAAAUUUAAUUCAAACAAAAACACAAUUAAAUGGAGAUAAAUCAUCAAUGCAUAGUUCUUUAUCAAGUUUACCAAGGACUAAUAUUAAAAAAUCCAAUCAAAUUGUCGAUCCUGGAACCAUGAUCGAUGUUCUACCGGGUUUAUUAGAAGUUCCAGCAGAAAGUAAGACAUAG